UCUAUAACAGCCUGGAAAUCACUGACUCAGUGAAACCUUCAGCCAGAAAGUGCUGGAAUACAGCAGCUUGACACAGAGAAGCAGAGAGACAGCGUUUAUCACUGAUAGAAAAUUUCACAAGACACUGUUCAUUACCCUCUCUCUCCCUCCCUCCAGCUCGGGGUUGCCUCGUUGAGAUGACUUCUCGCUAUCUUCCUGCUAAAACGGUAUUAUUUGAACAGGGAAGGUUUGGCCUGACCUACCGAAUUCCUGCUCUGUGUUACCUGGCCCAGUCUGCGACCAUUCUGGCCUUCGCUGAAGAGAGACUGAGCCCAGCUGAUGCUGAUGCUACUGUCCUGGUGUUCCGCAGGGGAGCAGUGUACAAGAGCCAUGUCCAGUGGGGGGACAUGGAAGUUCUGCACUCUGCCUACCUCAAGAAUCACCGCUCGAUGAACCCGUGCCCCGUUUAUGACAAUUCCACCAACACCCUCUUCCUCUUCUUCAUUGCAGUCCUGGGACGCACCACUGAAUCCUAUCAACUUAUCACAGGCGACAAUGUGACUCGCCUCUGCUGUGUCUGCAGCACUGACCACGGCCAGAGCUGGAGUGCCAUCACUGACCUGACUGAGUGCACCAUUGGCUGUGCUAUUGAAGAGUGGGCCACCUUUGCCCUGGGCCCAGGCCAUGGCAUCCAGCUUCCAUCUGGGAGACUUGUUGUCCCAGCCUACGCCUAUCACAUUGACUCAAAAGAAUGCUUUGGAAAAAUCUGCAGGACCAGCCCACAUUCCUUCAUGUUCUACAGCGAUGACCAUGGCACGGUCUGGAGAUCUGGGGACUUCAUAGACAACCUGGAGACUGUGGAGUGCCAGGUGGUGUCAGUGGAUGAGGAGGAUGGCCACGGUGUUGUGUACUGCAAUGCCAGGACACAGCUGAACUUCCGGGCUCAGGCGCUCAGUACCAAUGGUGGUGCUGCCUUUCAGGAUGGGCAUCUCAUCCCAAAGCUGGUGGAACCACCCAGGGGAUGCCACGGGAGCAUCAUUGGUUUCCCAGCUCCCAUAGGGAAGAGGUAUGAAGAGCUUCUGGCCUUCAGUGCCUUUGACUCUGACAACCAGCAGCAAACCCAACUCCAGCACAAAGGCUUGAAGCUCAACUUGCGGUCUCCAACCUGGGUCCUCUACGCUCACCCAACCAGCCCAACCAGCCGGCGGCACCUGGGAGUUUACCUUAGUACCUUUCCACGAGACCCUUGCAGUUGGACGGAGCCCUGGGUUAUUCAUGAAGGGCCCAGUGCUUAUUCAGACCUGGCAUUCUUAGAGAUGGCUGCUUCCAAGGGCCCUGAGGCUCACCUCCCAGCAGUGGCAUUCGCCUGUCUUUAUGAAUGUGGAUCCAGUUCACCUUAUGAGAAAAUAGCGUUUAGUGUCUUUACAAUGCGUGAGCUGCUCCAUAAUAUUCCACAUCCACCUACCCAGUCUCAGGUGGAGCUGAGCACCAGGCCUACCUCUGCCUGUUGCCCCAUCACAUGAGUUGGGGUACAACUUGUGCAAACAGAUGAUGAUUUA